GAGAAAUCUGAGAACAAACAAAUGAGCCUGCGGAGACCUGCACCCCGCCUAUCGUUGCCGCGUCGGAGGCCUCGCAGGGUCACUGACAUCCCGCUAGGCGCCUCUGGAAAAAAGGAAACGGGAAAUCUGCGCUGUGCGGACGGCGCAAGCUCCCGGUUGACGUCUGUAUUUUGAAGACAACGACACAUGCGAUACGGAGAAGGCCUUUCCGACUGUAACAACGCAAGAGAACUCAAGCACAACGCGACUUCCUUCUAAGUCCGCGCUCUCGGUGAAUCGAGUGUUUGAGGUGUCUGUACACCCGAGUUUCGAGGCGCAACGGCGCUAUACAGCGGUGGUCCGCGGACCGGGAGAAAACGCGGAACCACGAGCGGAUGAAGACUUGCGUCGCUUCUCUUUUCUUCGUACUUGAUGGCGUUUUGUGUGUAACGGACUGGAACAAGAAAUCCGGAGAGGCCAACGCGCCGCACGCAAAUAAACUGGCGACUUCUGAUGUCUGGGAGCGCUCGCGGCGAGCCUUAGUUUGAGGUGUAUGUACACUGGGGUGUCUGUCUGCAAAGCGGGCGUUCUUCUCCCUCCACGAUCUGGAGUUUCGCAAACAGCCUCUGUGAGACGACGCACCUUCUUCAUAACUUUCUAAACCGCAGACUGCAUGCUUUUUGUGGCGAGGGGGAACAAGAAGUCCGAGUGAGUGUGGCUGGAAUUCUUCUCAAUUCGGCGGACCGCGUCGCGCAUGCGCUGCGUUGGGACUUUUAGCUGACCGGAUGAAAUGCCUUCUGCGACCCUGUUUACUCCUUGAGAAACCUUUCUCUCGCCUACAUCAGCAUCCCUUCGUUUCUUCGCGCAACUCCUCUCUCGCGUAUCCCUUCGCCUUUUGCCGCAGCGUCAAGGGACUACCUUCUCAACUAUAACUUGUUGAGUCUCUUCCGGUCUUCCCCUCGACUUCUCCGGCUUUCCUCGCCUUCCCCCUCUCCCUUCACUCUUCGGCGACAGCCGCCGCAGCAUCCGGAUGCCUCAAGAAGCUGGGAGAAGACGAGAAGGCGAGAUCGCAGAUGCGAAACGGGCGACGUCGGGGAAAGACGGGAGGGGGUCGCCCGGACAUCGAGGACGAGAACCAAAGACGGGCAGACGAAAAGAGGCAAGCGGGAGAGGAGAAAAGGAGACAAGAGGACGAAGGGCCUCGAGGAAUCUCGCAACGGCAUAUCCUCAACAAGGGUGGUAUUGAAGGGAGGCGUCGAGGAUCCUGGCUAGCCACGGAGGUGGAAGGGUGGAGACGUAAAUCGAAUUUGAUUUUUUGGGAAUCAGACAUCCUUGGUUUGCCCUCCCAGUUUCGCGAACAAGUGAACAGACACCCGAUGCCUACAAAGAGAGGAACGUGAGAUGCCGGAGUGCUGGAUGAAAGACAGUGGCUCACUGGGAAGACAGACACCGACAAGUCCACGCGAACUGUUCAGAAGACGAGAGCUUUGCCGCCUUCCUCUUCCACUUUUCUUCCUCUCUUUGCCCCUUAGUGGCCUCGACUCUUGCUGUACUCCGCUUCCCUGUGUGUCACCGUUCCUUCCUUCUUCUAUCUUCCCUUCUCUCUCUCUCUCAGAGAACUCCCUGCGUUCCAUCCCCUCUCUCCUUCUUCAGUUGUUCUCUUGCUGUUGUGUCUCUCCUCCUCUACCUCCUGUUGCCUCUUCUUGCUCCUCACCCGAGACUGAACUAUGUCUAUACAUCUCGACAUACAGCCGGACACACACAUACACAUUUGCAUCUGUAGAUGCAUAUGAAAAUAGUUUAUGUAUAUAAGUAUGUCAUAUAGAUACACGCGUAUACUCAGAGAGGGAUGGCGACCGGUGCAAACUUUCCAAUCCUUAGGAUCACUUUCUUCGGAGGCGGGGGGAGUGGAAAAACGUCGCUUAUCAACGCUUUCGUGAAUAAUUACUGCGCACCGAACUCGACCUUCCCCACUGAAUGGCCGACGCUGUUUUACAAAGUAUGUCGCAUUCCAGAAGCGGAAGGAGGCGGCGGGGACUCGGCGCUUCAGUCGGUGUGUCUCGAACUGGAAGACACGUACGAUGUGGGGAGGACAGACGAAGGACGCGACAUCCGGAGACAUAUGUCGAUGAAACGAAAAUUGAUGACAGUGGGGAAAGGAGUGACCGACUUCACACCGUUCGGCAUGUGGAAGGUCCCCAAGACCCCUUCCAGCGCUCGCGAGGCCUUCUCUCCGAUCACCAAUGGUCGUAUGGGCGUGAUCAUCGUCUUCGAUGUCAAUCGGAAGGCGACACUCCACAAGGCGAUGGAAAUCUACGACUUGAUCGAAAGCGUUCGAGAAUACAAACGGGAGAACAUUCGCCCUAUCAUCUACCUCGUCGGCAGCAAGUAUGACGUCGAUCCGUCGUCAGCGAAGGUGCAGCAAACCAUCGACGAAGCCGAGAUUUACGCGCAGACCAAGUUUAUGCGCUUCUGGAAAGUCUCUGCAACGAGCGGAAAGAAUGUCACGAAAAUGUUCCACGAAAUGACAUAUCGCAUUCUCGGCUGCGUUAUGCUCUGGGAUAUCGAAUACGAAGAGGACUCUGAGUCAGAGGAGGAAGAGAGUGGGUGCGCUCUGAUGUAACAGCUCACUCGGUGAGAGCCGUUUGACAGCGGAGGAGGAGACCCAGAUGACGAGAGCGGCAGGGAAGAAAGGAGGAACAGCAGAGGACAUGCAUGCACCGAGUGAAGAGCAGAGGCUGUGCAGAGAAACAGGCGACAUUGGAAUGUGAGGAAACGAGGCUGAGAAGAAGAAAGGAAGCAGAAGCGGACAGGAGAAGAGUCACGGACAAGAGAAGGAAGCUUCAAAGGGAGCAGCGGAGAUGCAUGGUAUGGUUGUCGCUGGAGGUGAAACGUCCAUCCGUUGUCUAAUGUGCAUGUGGCGGACUUCAAGGCUUGUCUCUCUAGAAAGCGAAGAGCGAUGCGGCAGAAUGAACAACAUGCAUUCUCCCUCUGUUUCUCUCGCGAGACGAGACAGCGGGGGACAAACUUCAGAGCACUUCUCGCGAUUCGGUAUGAAUUCGCUGUCACGAAAAGCCGUGGAAAGCCGAGAAAAGAUCGACAACACAGGGUCCGUGAGAGCUCAACAGACCCACAGAGACACUCGGUGACUCAGGUGUACGCACACCUGGUGAUCAGCAGCUGCUUUCCCUGGUACUACGAGUGACGACAGAAACUACGUUCUCAAGCCAACCGAGAACGUCGCUGUCGGGAACGACUGUCAGAAACUCCAGUGAGACGGUCUGCAGGAACAACGAACUGCGGUCUCCCUCCCUGUCUUGCUUUCCUCGGGUCUCCGCAAUUCUCGUUGUAAAGGAAUUUUACAGUUCCGAGUCGCGUUUCACCUGUACGGAGACACUUGGAGCACUUCACUUGCUCCGAAAGAACUUCUAGAAAUCCAUAGUUCCGUGCUUCACGCAGAAAAAAAGAAAACGCUGGGGUCCGUGAUCUGCCGAUUCGACUACAUACAAAUGUAUGUCCACAGACACAUACAUCUAUACGUUCG